GGAAUUAGAAGUAGAUUUUCCAUGAUAAUUUAAAAACUCUUUUUAUUUUUUCAAAUUCAAACACCGAUUCACAAAAAUGUCAUCAUUAUGCAUCUGCAACUUGGGUCUGCUCGUCACUUGCGCUCCAGAGACGUUGACCAAAACAGCCACGUCUAGUGCAAAGCCUACAGGUACCGAACCGUCUUCUCCGAAAAGGCGUCAUGCAUCCGAUGAUCCUUUAGGUCGUGUCCUUGGUCCCGCAGUCAUCUUCAUAGAUGAGAACAAGAAGGUGAACUAAGGGUUUCCAAAUUGCAUUCUUCAUUUGCAUCCCUGACCUUCUUUCAAAUGUUUGUUUGAAAAGAGGUCAGGGAGGUCCUGAAGAACGUAACUAGUACUGCAACCUACCUCUAAGUCAAGUACUGUGGCUCAGAAGUAGACUGUCCCUUUUCCUUCACCGAUGAAGCGGAUGUGACUGUAGAUGGUUCGGGAUUGAUAGCGUUACCAGGUUUAGUCGAUUGCCACACGCAUGCCGUGUGGGCAGGGUCAAGGGCAGAGGAAUUCGCAGAGAGGUUAAGGGGUGUCAGCUAUGUGGACAUCCAAUUACGUGGUGGAGGUAUCAACAGUACGACAAGAGCGACGCGCGCAGCCUCAGUCGCAGAGUUAUACGCAAGUGCACAAGCGAGAGUUGAUACGGCGAGAACGAUAUGUUGAAUCGCAAUACCCUUCCUCAGCCUCUCUCAGAGAGCCUGUGCGAAUAGCGAUCUUGUCGAACACAACUAAACAAACUCUAAUCGAUACAAGUUAGUUCGCAUCAAUGGUGCAACGACCGUUGAAAUCAAGUCCGGAUACGGACUGUCAGUCGAAGCAGAAGCCAAAAUGUUAGAGUUAAGGGUUGAAAACGAAAGUUGACCUAUCUAAGAGCAUACUUCUGACCUUUUCAAGGGGCAGUGGCAGAGAUCUGCAAGUUAGAUCGGUCAAAUUACAACCGCUAAUAGAAGUUGCGGACAAAAUACGUGUAAAAAGCAAUGGAGUAGGGGCAGGGGGACGGGCGGAAGGUCCACGUGUUGUCCGUACGUUUUUGGGUGCACAUUUGUUAUGAGCAGGAUGCAACAUCCUUUUCCAAGUAUAUACUUGUGCGUAUUUCUAUUUUAGAGGUGCAUCUAUGUACAAGAAAGAGAGUCUUUCGCAGCUAGUCUAUUCUCCUCUAACGAAUCUUUGUUUCUUGUUCCUCAUAGUCCAGUAUCUGUUCUAAUCAUUGUUUCUUUCUCUUCUAACUGCUGUCCCAUCCGAAUUUCGCGACGAUAAAGAGAAAUACGUGAGACAAGUGAUCAGCGAGCAAAUCCCAAGAUGCAAGGGGAUAGCGGACCACAUAGACGUUUUUGUGGAUAAAGGGGCUUUUACUUUAGACGAAGGCCGUCGAAUACUCGAAGCGGGGAAACAGGCAGGGAUGAAGAUAAUUAUGAAGAUUUGUAUAUUUAUAAUUACAAGAAGGAACAACACACAGUAGAGCUUUUGGUGAUGUUGUAGUUUCUGAUUCUGUUAGCACCGCUAGAGACUGAGACUUAGUGGAGUUAUAGUUUUGCUCUUCUUUCUUAAGGGACAUCAAUCAACAGGUGAGUGUUGCUUUAUUAGAAAAAGCAGCAAGGCGUGUAGUCGAGUACGAGCAUUAUGUUAGAAGCAAGAGUGAAGCAAAAGACUCAACUCAGGAGUAAGUUUACAUUCCAUGUCUAAUCCUCAAGCCCACGCGGAGCAGAUUGAGCACACAGGAGUCGCGAAACUGGUUGCUGACAUGGGUGGAUUGAGUGCGGAUCACUUAGAACGUGUAGACGCCGAAGCAGCAUCGGAGAUGGCGAAGAAGAACGUAGUGGGCGUCCUCCUUCCUGGUGCACUUAAGGGUUGCCCUAUUGCAUCCUUCUGAACCAUCCUUGGCCUUGUUUUCAAGUGGCCUUGUUUUCAAGUGGAAAACAAGUGGCAAGGAUGAUUUGAAGAAUGCAAUAGCGCAGCCUCUAAUGCACAGUGGUACUUGAAGGACAUUCCGCCACCGGCUCCGAUGUUGAUUAAGGCCGCUAUCUUGAUAUGGGAUGAUGAACCCUGAGGGGCCGCUAUCAAGGAAUUUUAAAGCGACCCCCCUUGAUGAUUCCCCAGAAGGAAGCUCUAAGUUGAGGGAGCACGGAGUCAAAAUGGCUGUAUCGACAGAUUUGAAUCCGGGUUCCAGUCCAGUGUACGACCUGAUACAGUGCGCGACUAUGUGCUGUGUCAUGCAGGGACUGACGCCUGAGGUACUUACUUUUUGGUAAGGGUUCUGAUUCAAAGUUGGUCUUGCUUGUUGAUGGUCGCUGAGGUUGACAAUUUUUACGACGUAUCAUCUUGAUUUUCCACGCACACGUCGUAAGCCCGGUACGUCGGUUUCACGACCAAACUCGAACGUCGUAUAGGGUUUCAGACAAGAUGAUACCGUCGUAAAAUUGUAGGGUCAUACGCCGUUACGACAAGAUUGAUCCCUACAAUUUAUUCGUCGCGAAACCCUACAAUUUUAUACGUCGGUUCCACGUUUCUCCACGCCCAAACCCUAUGAUUUUUCACGCACACACAGGAAGCCAUUCUCGGUGUCACACGGCAUGCUGGUCUCGCACUUGGGGACGACCGUCUUGGUUGGCUGGGUCCGGGCAGUGUCGGUGACGUCGCCAUUUUCCGGCCUCCGCCUGGAGAAGCGGCUACGAUAGUUAAGGGUUUCCGAGUUGCAUUCUUCACUUGCAUCCUUGCCCUUUCUUCAAGUGGAAAAUGGGUCAAGGAUGUUCAGAAGAAUAUAAUGUUGCAACCUCCAAGAUAGAGUCCUUGAUUCAAUUUUCUGGAGGGUAUGAGUGUGUCUCUUGCGUUCGUGACGGAAGUUUGUUGUUCAACAGUGGACUUCCGACCUCCUCGUCCGCCGGACUAGGGAAACGCAAGAAAAUUAGUAAACAAGCGAGUCUUUAGCAUUUUUGAAGGUUUUUUUUCAAAGUUGUGCUAACGAAAGAGAUGUGGAUUGGAACAACCUCCAUUAGGUGUUGUAAAGAGAUGGUUACGCAUAGUCUCGCGAAGAUAGCCUGUAAGACCUGUAAAGAGGGCAACUUGAUACAACUAGGUAGUUCUUGCUGCGGUCAUGAUUUUUCGAGCAGAUCUAAUGAAGAGAACUUAACGCGCUUGAUUUUUUGUGUAUGUUGUACAGUUGCUGAUACAGAAGAUGAUUGGACGCAGCCACCCUGUUGCAGAUAAGCGCUACACACCCAUUCUCGCUAUACGCAAAGACAAUGUGAGUCCCCUCAGAGAGACGAGGAAC